AUGGGCAAGCGAAUAUUGUGGCCGACCGCCAAGCUGCUGGCUCUGGCAGUCAUGCGGGCUAUCGGGGUGGCCCACCACUUAGGGGCACAGGGCACGGGUGACGGAGAUGUGAUGCACAUCGCGAUCGUCGGAGCCGGCAUCACGGGCGCCGCUACAGCCUUCCACCUUCACAACCUCUCCCUCUCCAGCCCCAGCCGGCCGCUCUCCGUCACCAUCUUCGAGUCCGCCCCACGCGCCGGCGGCCAGGUCAGGACCACGUCCCUGCCGGGCAGUUGGGAGAAGUUGGAAGUCGGAGCGGCGCACUUCUACGACGAUGAUUGGUGUCUCAUGGACGCGGCACGGGCCGUCAACUUGUCCACGAGAACCACGCGGGUGAAAGGAAACGCCCACGUUUGGGACGGGGAGAGCUUUGCUAGGGACAGGGUCUGCCAUGCCUCUUUUUUCUGGGACCUGGACCGGUGGUUCGAUCCGCGGCCACAUUCGCGGCGGCGCCGGCGAGAGGCGUGGCAGCGUCGGAAGGAGGACCUGGAACUGGAGUGGCGUUACCGCCGGUCGCCCGACAAGUUCCAACGGCUAGUGGCUGGGUUGAUGGACAGAUGGAAGAUGUUCGGGGCUAACGCUACCUUCGACAAUGUCGGGCGGGAGUUCUCGGACGUAAGUCUUAUAGACGGACUCGGCGCGUCUGCGCGGGAUUUCCUACGAGGCAUGAGCGUGGACGAGGAAUACCAGGAGAGGUUCAUAGAGCCGUGCCUGCGGGAUGCCUACGGCUCAACCUUGGAUGAAUCAUCUGUCUUGGACGCGGCCAUGGCCGCCGGGGCACUGCGCUCGAAGGCGGUCUCCAUCGUGGGCGGCAACGCUCUGUUGGUCGAAGAUCUAAUCAGGCGGUCCGGGGCUGAGUUGCACCUGGGUUCCAGCGUCACAUCCGUCACGCCCGGGGUCAGUCACUUGUAUCGGCUGGCCGUGGCUUCUCAAGGCUCAACGAGUGUGAAGCACGGAGAGUUUGACGCGGUGUUCUUCACGGGAUCAUCCCAACGUGGCAUUUCAUCCCCGUGGGCCGGAGCCCACAAACCAUCACCAGAAAUAGAGAGCCACAUUGCGCACUACUCAAUCUCAAGCAAUCAACAAUCACUCGAACCCUUUGGCGGCCCUGUUCCAUUGGCUCCGCUCUCCUUUCUCACGGGUCAGGACUCCAAAUACUUGGGUGAACGGGAUGUGAGGAGCCUGUACACGCACACGCAGUUCUGGAUUGACAGACGAGGUACUGACCCCGACCCUGAGUGCGACCAAUUCGACGAUGUCGUGUCGGUAAAUUCGAAGAGGGCGCUCUCGGACAAUGAUCUCCUGCGGAUCGUCGAGCAUGGGAGCCACGACUCUGCAGGCGUUGGAUGGUUCAGCUGGAUAGAUAAGCAUAGCUGGGUGAGGCAGAACCGGAACUGGACCGAGGUCGGAGUCAAUAUUGAGGGGAGCAUAGAAAUACGUCCUGGACUAUAUAAUCUUCGUCACAAUGCGCUGGACACGGCCGAGAUGGGAUGCAGAAUGGGCCAGAAUGGAGCGCGGUUAUUGCAUGAAGGACUCAUAAGUCCAAAGCAAUGA